AGGGCUUCCCUACAGCUCCGGUAUCAACUGAUACACUACUUGUACACACUUCUAUACCGGUCCUAUGUCUACGGCGAUACUGUGGUCCGACCACUGCAUCAUGAAUGGCCACUGGAUAAUAAUACAUAUGGCAUCGACACCCAGUUCCUAUGGGGUGGCAAUAUAUUGAUAUCGCCUUUCCUUUUCCAGAACCAAAAGGAGGUGAAGGCAUACCUACCCCCGAGUGUGCGCUGGUAUGAAGUGAAACCCCAAUUGAAAAUAGCGCCACAAACAGGUCAGGUGACUAUACCGGACUCCCAGCCCAACGGUCCGCCGCCCAUACACUUCAGGGAUCACAGCAUCAUACCGAUGGUCACCGACAGUCAACUCAUAUCCACGUCGCAGGACUCCAUCAAUAUCAUCGACUUAGUAGCCCUUCCCUGUCAUCAUCAGGAGGGCUCCGGUGAACUGUUUUGGGACGACAGGGAGAGUAUCGGCACCAUUGAG